CGUGACUUGGGAAUAAGCCUUGAACAACCCCACACUCCAACGAUUUGCCAGACCGGGCUGUAAUCAACGCAAGCAAGUCUUUCAGCAAAACUCAAGAUACGCAAUUCUCGUCAUGGAAGCGUUCCAGUACGAGCCUUUGGAUCUUGGAUUGAGGUCAUUCCGACUCCUCAUACUCUAUCCAGGAGGCGGCGAUAUCAGAUGCGACAUAUUCCAAGCAAGCCUCGAGCCUGACGAAAUCAUCCCUUACGAAGCCCUCUCAUAUGCAUGGGGUUGUACCGACCUCGUCGAAACCAUAUCCUCUAGUGGAAAGAGGCUGUUCGUCACAAGAAACCUCUUUUCAGCAUUGAACCAUCUCCGCACCGAGUAAGCGAGGAUACUCCGGGUGGACGCAAUUUGCAUCGAUCAGAGCAAUCUUGCAGAGCGCGGCCACCAGGUCGGACACAUGGCUGGCAUCUACAGACAGGUGGAGAAAGUCCUCGUCUGGUUAGGGCACUCAACGCCUGAUACCAAAUUUUUGAUGGACGCCUUGAACAAAACACGGCGAGAAUCAAAGAGUUCAAGAGGCAAUAUCUCAUGCCC